AUGACUGGUCGCGGCAAAGGAGGAAAAGGACUCGGCAAGGGAGGCGCCAAACGUCAUCGCAAAGUUUUGCGUGACAACAUCCAGGGAAUUACCAAGCCGGCCAUCCGUCGUCUUGCCCGUCGUGGUGGUGUCAAGCGAAUCUCUGGUCUCAUCUACGAGGAGACCCGUGGUGUGUUGAAGGUGUUCCUUGAGAACGUGAUUCGUGACGCCGUCACCUACACUGAACACGCCAAGAGGAAGACGGUGACGGCCAUGGACGUCGUCUACGCAUUGAAACGCCAGGGCCGCACUCUGUACGGUUUCGGCGGUUAAAUCUGACUUUAGUAGUCAAACUCUGAUCUUUCAAUCCAAUCGGCCCUUUUCAGGGCCACCAUUUACUUAAAGAAAAAGAUUUCUCAACCACUUAAACCAUAUUCUUAAAGUUGACUUUCUAUUAACAAGAAUAACAAAAACAAUCCGAUUUGAUACAGGUCGUUGGAGCAAUACGUACUAACUAUUAAGUAAGUGUUCGUGCAUCAUAGAAACUAUUUUUCUAGAUAUUAAAGCUGGUAUGAAACGUAUUUCACUGUUUUCAGCCGAAUAACAUGAAUCGGAAAAUAUCCAGAUGCUUCUCAGAUUUUACGGAGUAUAAUUUUUCGAUACAUCCUACUUUAAUUUUCGUCAAUUUCUGGAGUUGUUCUUAGCUACUGCAAAAUUAUUUCGUCACUAUCGGUCGAUCUUCAUCUGAAUCACCAUUUGAAUGAAAUG